CUGCGUUGCUUCAUGUCGCCUUCACGUGUUCCUCGUAACUCUGACCUUUACGCAGGAACAUUCGGUUCUCUUGCACUAUACGUGGCGUUUCAGAGACCGUUUGAUUUAGAGGUUAACAGACUCGUAACUACUUUGUGCUGACGAGGAAUACUGAAGAAAAUGUAGGAUUGUAUUAUUGUAUGAGUGAUAUUCCUUUACGUAUUUCCCUGUGUGGUCGUCUCACUUUGACAACUCGGGCUUAACAGAAAACACUGUCCUCUAAUAACAUCGUCGUCUGAACCCGGUAUGUGUCCGUUAGUCGGUGCUCGUAAUGGUAUGUGUCCGUUAGUCGGUGCUCCUAAUGGUAUGUGUCGGUUAGUCGGUGCUCGUAAUGGUAUGUGUCGGUUUGUCGGUGCUCGUAAAGCUCAUAUUUCCGACAGCACGGUAACCGGGUAGCGGUUGACAGGAGGAGGCUUGGAUCGCGGGACCGAGCGGCUCAACGACAACAAGCCGUAACUGAAUGUGAAGUUGUCGGUGAGUGAGUCCACUGUUGUCUGUGACUAUGGUGCUAAAACGUUCAAACGACGGAAAACCUCCCGUCCGGUCCGGUCCAGUCCGGUCCGGUCCGGACCGGUGUUACGGUUUAACAGGCGACCCUGUUAACUGGCGACUUUUCAGCCGAAUACGUCCGUUGUUGUCGUGGUUACGACGGCCGUUCGAAAAAUAGGAUAGAGGACACGUAUAGCUGUCCUCGCGAAUGCCGCUUUGGCUUAAUGUUGUAAUACAGUGUCAACCCCGGUACAUAAUAAUAUAUACUGUACCAAUUAAACAAUGCGGCAUUCACGGGGUAUAGCUACGUGUUCUCUUCCUAUUUUCAACACAUAACUAACGACAACAACGGACGCGUACGGCUCGAAGUCGCCAGUCAACGCGGUCGCUUCUUCAACCGUAACACCGGUCACCUCCCCCAGCUAACAGAGCUAGCAUGACUUAUAUCGCCUCGUAUCGUGUGUGUUGUGUUUAGCUCUGGAAUACACGCAUAACGAGAACAAUCCGUGAGCGUCAGUUGUGUUGGAGACAAUGUCAAGAAGUGCUAACUUAACGUUAGUUAACUGUGACGUAACAGUUACAUCAACUCACCUGUUAUCGUGCGGCCGUGUGCAGGUCGGGCAGCUGUCACGUUCACCUGACGAGCUGCUGAUGAGACAGCUGCGGGUCUAUUCUGAGAUUACCGUCAGAUACUAGUUCAGGUUAAACUGCUCAACAACAGUCUGGUGCAGGUAUUGCCUUGCAAGCUUGACAGGUAUGUUAUGUAACGUUAGUAGUUGUGAUGGUGUUUUAAAACUCCCCUUUCUCUCAUUUGUUUAUGUGCAGUUGAGUUCAUUAUAGGUCCUGUUUGUGCGUGGCCCCCUGACCCCCUCAGGUAAGAGCUGAGGUGUGGGGUCAGGUCUCUGGCUGUAUGUCACACAGUCCUGGUGAAGAGGGGGGUCCAUCUCAGGAUGCCCCAAACGUCGACACCCAAGAGCAGUUUGACAACCCCACUCAGACUGUGGCAGCAGAGAACACACCUGAGGAUCAGGGGUCGCCUGCAGUGAAUGGGGCCUCUCCUUCUUCCACGUCAUCCUUUGAGAUGCUCGACAUGGAGUCGGUCCCGGCUUCUUAUCAAGAAGUGCAGCCUCACUGGUUCUUCUGUCGACGGGCCGAUGACAACACCUCCUGGCUUCCUUUCAGCAGAGAAGACUCUGACAAACUAGAGAAUGCCUGCUGCCCUGACUGUGCAGUGGGAGACCAAGAGGAGGAGGUGGUGGUCGCUGUGGAUGGAGAGCGCUAUGACGUUCACGUCAGGGAGAGGAAGCGCUACGCUGUGUACUGGGAGCAAGGCCCCACUGCAGUGCGCCGCUGCACCUGGUUCUAUAAAGGAGACAAAGACACCAUGUUCCUGCCUUACCCCGAGGACAUCAGCAAGAGCCUGGAGGAGGCCUAUAUGAUAGCAGUGACCUUGGACGAAUGGAAAACGAAACUGGAGUUUCCCACUGGAGAAACAGUCAUUUUACACAAUCCCAAGCUUAUAAUGCAGUAUCAGCCUAUAGCAUUGCAGGAGGAGUGGGCUUCCACCCCCUCGGAGCAGACACGGCCUCGAACAGUCAAGAGGGGAGUGAACAACAUCUUUGUAGAAAUACCUGCCGGUGAACCAAAACAGGUUGACCACCUUGUCUUCAUGGUCCAUGGCAUCGGCCCUGCAUGUGACUUGCGCUUCAGAUCCAUCAUACAGUGUGUAAAUGACUUCAGGAGUGUUUCCCUCUCCCUCCUGGCCUCGCACUAUAAGCAUGCUCAGCAGGAUGGCCAAGUAGGAAGAGUUGAGUUCCUCCCAGUCAACUGGCACAGCGCUCUACACGGCGACGCCACUGGCGUGGACGAGGACAUCCAGAGGAUCACUUUACCCAGCAUCAGUAGGCUGAGGCAUUUCACCAACGACACUCUGCUGGACCUGUUUUUCUAUAACAGCCCCACCUACUGCCAGACCAUCGUGGACACCGUGGCCUCAGAGAUCAACACGCUCCACACCCUCUUCAAACAGAGACACUCCGACUUCAAUGGGGCUGUUUCAGUGGUGGGCCAUAGCCUGGGUUCGCUGAUUCUGUUUGAUAUGUUAACCAAUCAGAGGACUGGAUCAGAAGCCAAAGAGCGGGUGUCCUCCGCUGAGCCCUUCAUUGUGAACUGCGACACACUGCAGCAGACUCUGACUCGACUGGGCCUCCAGCAGUACCUGGAUACACUUCAGGCAGAAAACCUCGACCUGGAGUCGCUGGCCCUUUGCCAAGAUGCUGAUCUCAAAAAUUUAGGAAUUCCUCUUGGACCUCGGUUGAAGAUUCUGAACUACGUCAAGAAGAAAUGUCUUUCAGAGACGGGGGCAGCACAUCUGUUCGAAGGGUUGCAAGUUCCACCUCAAGUGAACAGCGACCACGACGGUGACGAGUCUCCAGGAUUCAUGCAGAAGUCCCAGUUCCACAGGGCGCAGUCUGUCACCGGCGCUGUGGACUACGAAUACUUUAACGUCGGCAUCGGACAGGUAUCCAUCGAUUACCCACAGCUGGCUUUCCACCCACAAACGUUCUUUGCUUUUGGCUCUCCUAUUGGGAUGUUCCUGACUGUUCGCGGACUCAAACACAUUGAUCCCAACUACAACUUCCCAACCUGCAAGAGCUUUUACAACAUCUACCAUCCAUAUGACCCUGUUGCCUACCGGAUAGAGCCGAUGAUUGUAACCGAGGUGGAUCUGGAGCCCAUGCUGAUCCCUCAUCAUAAAGGCCGCAAGAGAAUGCACCUGGAACUAAAGGAUAGCUUCACUCGUAUGAGCAUGGAUUUGAAGAACAAUGUUUUGGGAUCGUUGCGGACGGCGUGGCAGUCGUUUUCAAGACUACCAGUUGCUGCACUGGAAGAAGGAGAGACUUCCAUUGACAGAGACAUUCAAGAGACACAGGCCUCAGCUGCAGUCACUUCUUCUGCUAAGAGGGGAGAGCAAAGUGAUGAUGUUUGGACGAAAAUACUAGAGUGGCCGAGGGCCCUUCAUAACCAUUACGUCCAAGGGCCGAGCGACGAGGCCGAGUGCUCGGCGUCAGCGGAGCAACCGGACCGGCCUGAGAUCAAAGUGGGGAUGCUGAACGGAGGACGAAGGGUCGACUACGUCCUCCAGGAGAAACCCAUCGAGAGCUUCAACGAGUACCUGUUUGCCAUCCAGUCUCAUCUGUGCUACUGGGAAUCUGAGGACACUGCACUCCUGCUGCUGAAGGAGAUCUACGACAAGCUCGGCGUCGCCAUCGAACAAUCCCAGCAGUCGUAACGUGUUGUGGAAGUGUUGCUCUGGAGGAAUGGCAGUAACCACAACACGGAGGACGGCUUUCAGAGCCCGAGGCCACGCGCUCCUCUUCCACGAUGCCUUCCGGUCCGGGCGGCUCGGCCUGCGGUGGAGCGAUCCGAUGGGGCGGCGGACCCCGAGCUCGGUGUCUGGUCGUGGUUUCAAAUCCACCCAGACAUCGCUGUCGUGCUCAUGGAAGCAUUUUUCUUUCGUGAGUUAUUUAUUAAACGACUUUUACUUUGCACUUUUGCUUACCAACAGGUGUUGACAUAGUUUGCCUCAAGCUGCAGCUGAAUAGUAUCGAACAAAUAAUGAUCGUGAUAAACCGUAGACACACAGCACAAAUAUGAAAAACACAUCACAUCGGAUAUCAAGUAUAAUAUCUACGACGUUGGAUUACAAACUGGCCAUCCAAGCUGUUGUUUCUUUGUAUUUAACAAUAUAAAUAUAUGAAAAGAUCCAAGAAUAUAAUUCAAAUUAAUAUAUAUAAUAUAAUCUAUAAUAUUUUAUACAAUUCCCAGCCCAAUAUUCAGAAAGGUAGAUCUACAAUUAUAAUAAUAAGUGUUUCUUCCAGGAUAUCUCUGUUUACACCUAAAGCUGAGCCCAACGUCAGACCUUACCUUUAUGAAGAAGUCGGUCCGGUGGUUUUAUUUAGUUAACUAUAAUAUUUUACGGUCCUGAAGGGAAAUAAAGGUUUAUAUUGUGUCUCCUGGCAGCUGUAACGUCUGUCUACAUGUCGGCCACUUGAAACCCAGAGCUGCUACUCAUGUGCAAUAUAACAAUAAUGUUAUUCUUCAUUUCACAGAUGUAAUCCUGCACUGACACUGUCAUUGAACAAGUUAAAUUGAUCUUGCCUUCUAAUAAUAUAUUUGUAUCACAUGCUAUAUAUAUUUAAUUCUGAUCAUAUCGACACCUGUUUCUAAAAGGAAGGGAUCCAAAUAAAGAUUUGGAACAUAAAAUAA